GCGCAAUUCUCAAUCGACGAUCUGAAGUUUAGUAUUUUUGUUGUCAGCAGGACAAUAUAAUAUUAGUUUCUCAGUCUAUUUCAACAAGUCGUUGAUAUCAGAAUCAAAAUGAACAAGUUUUCCUUGGUCAUCGUUGCAGUCAUUUUUGGAGCCAUGGUGGUGAUUGCCGAAGAAGAUUCAAAUUUAGAAUCGGUACAAUGUGAUAUUUGCGAGAUGGCGUUGAAAGAAAUCAAAAAUAUAGUGAAAAGUGACCACACUGAAGCAGAAAUAGGAAAUAUUGUCCAUGGAAUUUGUGAAAAACUACCUGGAUUUUUCGGAAAAGAAUGCGACAAACUUGUAGAUGAAUAUGGAAAGCAGAUUAUCGAUUCGCUCGUCAACAAAGUAGAUUGUGAAAAAGUUUGUCACUUCAUAAAACUUUGUUAAGUUCUAAGUAUUCUGGACCCAAAUAUAUAAUAGAUCAAGCAAAAUCGACAAAUUUUUGGCGGAAUGAUUUUCACUAAAUAAUCCCUACCUUCCAAGAAAUAAAAUAACGCAAAAAUA